CGUAAGGAAGAAGAGGAAGGACACCUUCGAGCUCUUCUGUUCACACGUGCUUUUCCUUCCAGCUAGCUACAGACACGGAGCCAUGGACACUACUACCUUCUCGCCUCAAGUACAAAGCCUCGGCUGGGGCUUCGCAUUGAAGUUUUUCCUAUUCAUGUUCUCCUACUGGUUGUUCUCCAAGAAGAGAGACACUCGCGUCCGGUCACGUUCCCUUCGGUACGCCAAUUGCUUCGCUGCCGGUAUCUUCUUGGGAACCUUGUUUGUCGGUCUCAUGCCUGUCGCCAGAAUCGCCGUUCAGGACGCCCUCGAGUUCAAAAACAUCCACAUCAACUUCCCGGUUGCAGAGUCCCUCAUCCUUUUGGGCUUCUACCUGACUUUGCUCCUGGAGCAAUACAUGCUGCCUUACAGGGACGUUGACGAACUCGUCAAGACCGGGCCGUUGGAGUCCGGAGACUUGUCCGAGAAGGGUUCGUCUGCUAACCUCUUGCAAGAUGCGGGUGACGGCGGCGACUGUGGUUAUGCUUGUCAGGACUCUGCCAUACGCUUGGCAAACUUGGCGAAGAGAGAGAGUGCAUUGAGACUCAUGUUCCUCGUGGGUUGCGUGUGCGUCCAUUCCGUCCUGGAAGGUGUCACGGUUGGACUGCAGACAAAUCCAGCUGUGUUAUGGCGACUGCUCAUUGCAGUGUAUCUGCACGAGGCGAUCAUGACUGUUGCCGUGGCUGUCAGCAUUGGGAAGAGCGACGUACAGCCAAGAAGAGCGGUGAAGCUUGGCUUGCUUGUUGCAGCGACGAUUCCAGCUGGACAGGUCAUUGGCCUGACGUUGGGAAACGAGGUUGGAAUUGCCUCGAGAGCCGUUAUUCAGGCCCUGGCGACCGGCACGUUCUUCGAGGUCGUCUUCGUCGAAGUGCUCCCAUCCGAACUUCGAGACGGCAACAACGGGCUCUCAGGAAUACUGUGUAUGAUCGUCGGGUUUUCCUCCUUCUGCGCAAUCAGCUUUUCAACGACGCAUCUCCACUUGCCUUAUUAAAGGAACGGAUACAACGUC